ACACGCCUGAUGAUAAGUCUGCGCGGACGGACUACGGGGCGGCGGAGGCGGCGUCGAUGCCAGUUGGGCCUUGGCCAGUUGUGGUAGAGAGGUCGUAGCGGAGGGGUGUGGCACGCGCAGAGGCCCGUGAUCGACGCUGAGGGAAGACUUCUCGAUCAGAGACAAGAUGUCCUCCGGAAGCGGCGUACCGGCCGUCCCCGGCGUGCUCAGCUCGGCUCAGCAGGUGGACGAGUUCCUGGCGCUGUGGCGGCGCGUGCUCGCCUGGGACGCCGCCGACGGGCUGAGCCCUCUGAGCGGUCCGCACACCGUGCUGGUCGUCACUGACGGCGGUCUGUGCCGGAUCCGACCCUGCGACGUCUCCGACCCGUUCAUGGUAGACCAGCAGCUGCAGCGAACUCUGCUCCGUCGGCACGUGAUCACCGAGUCGGUACCGCCCGCCGACAGCAGGUUCGCCGCCGACGGCCGGGCGGCCACCCUGGCCGGAGAGCAGGUGAAGCUGACAAAGCUCGGCGACGACCCGGCGUUCUGUCUCGGCGACUCGCCGCCGGCCGUCGCCAGCCGGCCACCGCUGCAGGAGGGAGACGUCACGGUCUACAUCGUCGAGACGCCGUUCGUCAGCUGCAGCGAGGUGUCGGACGCCAUCGGUCGGCACCCGCAGUCCAACCCGUUCUGUCCGCCCGGGCCUCCCGAGCCGCCGGUGCCGGAGCCGAAACAGUAGGGGCAGUGGUCCGUAACAGCCAGGAGCGACCCGUCGCAGUCAGGAGCGGGAGGGUGGGGCGGGGGGGGGGGGAGGAUUUGGCAGGGAGCGAGGAUUUCCAGUCACAGAGCGGUGAGGGACGGGCUGCGAUUUGCGGAAACCUUCACCCACUUUGUUGUGGGCCUGUGAAGUCCUAUAGCCAUUAUCAAUUAUCAACACAGGGACGAGCUUAGAUGUAACACGAAUGAACUGCUGUCACCUUUGCAACAGGGUUUUGGGGCUCGGAUGAAAAACAAUGGAGGCCUGUUUGGUGGAUGUUAUGUUGCAUGCUGUUCCAUUAUGCUGUGUAAAAACCAGUGCGGUUAGCUAUUCCUAGUCAAGUGCGCGUGAUGCAUCAUAAUAACUGAAAUGGCAAAAAGUGGCCUUUUAUUGUCACGCGAAUUUCAUUGUCGUGCUCUACCAGCGUAUAUACUUUCGCCAUUGAAGACAAAUACAUAAUAAAUUCGGUA